AGGAGCAGCGGCGGCAAUAACAGGAGCAACCCCAGCGCUAGCGGCCCGGGACGCCCAAGGCAGCCUCCUUGGCGGAAGACCCAGCAGCGAGGAGGUGCUGCAGGCGCGCGCGCCGGGGUCCGCACGAGCGGCGGCGGCGGCGGCGUCUCGCGCCACUGGGAGCAAGUGACUGACGGCGCGAGCCCAGGAAUUCCGUCUCGUGCCUGCACUGGGAGUCGCUCAAACGCACAGGCACGCGCGCGCGCGCAUACGCAGCGCCUCUCUCUCUCUUCCUCUGCCUGCGAUGCUUCAGUCAUGAAACGUGUACGCACAGAACAGAUUCAGAUGGCAGCUUCCUGCUACCUCAAACGCAGGCAGUAUGUAGACUCGGAAGGUCCUCUGAAACAAGGGCUUCGCUUAUGCCAGACUGCAGAAGAAAUGGCAGCUAAUCUAACAGUUCAGUCUGAAUCAGGUAGUGCCAACAUUAUCUCUGCUGCACCCUGCCUAGCAGAGCCACAACAAUAUGAAGUACAGUUUGGGCGAUUACGCAACUUUCUUACAGAUUCAGAUUCCCAGCACAGCCAUGAAGUGAUGCCUCUUCUGUAUCCCCUCUUUGUCUACCUCCAUCUUAACAUGGUCCAAAAUGGCCUAAAGAGCACAGUGGACAGCUUCUAUAGUCGCUUUCAUGGGAUGUUCUUGCAGAAUGCCAGCCAAAAAGAGAUCAUUGAGCAGCUACAGACCACACUAACCAUGCAAGACAUCCUAUCCAACUUCCAGCUCCGGGCAUUUCUAGACAACAAAUACGUCAUCCGCCUUCAAGAAGACAGCUACAACUUCCUCCUUCGCUACCUCCAGAGUGACGAUAACAAUGCUCUUUGCAAAGUCCUCUCCUUGCACAUUCACUUAGAUGUGCAGCCAGCCAAGAGGAUGGACUACCAGCUGUAUGGUAGUGGUGGCUCUUCACGCAGUGAGAGCAAUGGCCUGGAGCCCACCGACAUGCCUGCUUCCAUCCUGCAAAACGAGGCCGCCUUGGACAUCCUGCAGGAUAGCAUUAAAAGAGUCAAAGAUGGACCGCCCUCGCUCACCACCAUCUGUUUCUAUGCGUUCUAUAACACUGAACAGUUGCUGAACACUGCAGAGAUCUCUCCAGAUAGCAAGCUGCUUGCAGCUGGCUUUGACAAUUCCUGUGUAAAGCUGUGGAGCUUGCGGUCCAAGAAGCUGAAAUCUGAGCCCCAUCUGGUAGACGUCUCCCGCAUCCACCUGGCUUGUGAUAUCUUGGAUGAGGAGGGUGAAGAUGACGAUAAUAACGUGGGAACAGAAAUGAAGAUACUAAGAGGGCACUGCGGACCGGUGUAUAGCACAAGGUUUCUGUCGGACAGUUCAGGACUGCUGUCGUGUUCCGAAGACACAUCCAUCCGAUACUGGGACCUUGGAUGUUUCACAAACACUGUGUUGUACCAAGGGCACGCCUAUCCUGUGUGGGAUCUGGACAUUAGCCCUUGUAGCUUGUACUUUGCCAGCGGCUCCCAUGACCGCACAGGAAGACUCUGGUCAUUUGAUCGGACGUACCCACUGAGGAUAUAUGCAGGCCAUUUGGCAGACGUGGACUGCAUUAAGUUUCACCCCAAUUCUAACUACUUGGCAACAGGAUCCACAGAUAAAACAGUGCGUCUCUGGAGCACACAGCAAGGAAACACAGUGCGCCUGUUUACAGGUCACCGGGGCCCUGUGUUGUCGCUUGCGUUUUCUCCAAAUGGUAAGUAUUUGGCUUCAGCAGGUGAAGACCAGCGGUUAAAGCUGUGGGACCUGGCAUCUGGCACACUUUACAAAGAACUAAGAGGGCACACGGAUAAUAUCACCAGCCUUACUUUCAGUCCGGACAGUAGCUUGAUUGCUUCUGCAUCAAUGGAUAAUUCUGUUCGGGUUUGGGAUAUUCGAAACACUUACUGCAAUGCUCCCGUCGAUGGUUCUUCCAGUGAACUGGUUGGUGUAUAUACUGGACAGAUAAAUAAUGUACUGAGUGUACAGUUCAUGGCCUGUAACCUCCUUUUAGUGACUGGAAUUGCACAAGAGAAUCAGGAACAUUAACCUUUUUUAAAAAAAGAAAAAGAAAUGGGUGUGUUGUUGAAAUCCAGAGUCUAUUAUAAACUAAGAUUAUAUAUAAUUGACUGUGAAAAAAAAUGUUUUCUUUCCCAUUGGUGGACAUGUCCAGAAUGAUGGAAAUACUGUACUUGAAGAUGUCUUGUAUUGUUGCAAAAAAAAAAGAUAGGAAAGGGAGAACAACAGGAGAACUUCAUUGCAAGGGCAGGAAGCUAUUGGGGGUGGGUGGGAACCAACUACACAUAAUAUUUUUCUGAAGGGAUAGCCAAAACUCAGUCCAAGCAACUCAGAUCAUUGACUUGAAUGUGUUGCAAUUAAUGGGCAUGUCCUGCUUAACUGUUACCGGGAGUUUAUAUGUCUGUCUUUUAGCUAUUCAGCUCCAUCUACUUACUUCCCCACCAAAGUUUCUGUGGCACAAGAAUCUUUGCCAUCAUCUUGGAAAGAAAAAUGUAUUUUGUUAUAGGGUUGCUCCCAAACAUAAGUAACAUUAAAAUAAUGUUUAAAAUAACAUUGAGGCAGGUUUCCAGCUUGCUAACAUAAAAGGCAUAGUAUGUUUAUUUUUAUCGUUGAAUUAUAAAAACAUGAUUUGAAUGUGACAGUGGCUGCAAAAAGAUGCAGUUUGGAUUUGGUAUCUUCCAUUAGAUAUAAUGUUUUUAGCUCUUUCUUUAUCACAAAUUUGUGGGUUCCCCCCCCCAAAUCUGGUUGCACUGUGAUGGUGAUGCAGAAUACUAGAUGGCUGGGGUGAUAACUACUAGCUUGCCUUCCGAAAAGAACCAGCAAAAUAUGGCUGACUUUAUAGUAGCAUGUUUGGACUCCUAAUAGAAAGGGACACAUUUCACCUCACCAAAAAUACUUUCUGCAGAUAAAUAUGGGCAAAGGUGUGCAGACGAUGUGAAAAAAAUAGUAUUACUAAAUUAUUAAUUGUGAGAAGAUGCAGCUUUGCCAACUUCCAAUGUUUUCCACUGAUUACUGAACUAUUAAGUUGUUUCAUGAAGUUUUCAUACAAGUGUGUGAGCAUGCAAAACCUGGGGUUGGAGAAAGCAUACUCUUAAAUUUUGUCAUUCUAAGAAGACUGAAUAUUUCUGCUUUCCGGAAAGAGAUUUUGUAUUUUUGUUUUUUUCUAUUAAAGCAUUUAGUUUAAA